CUUCAUGUCGACCUCAGAAUCAGAUUCUACGAACCUGAUUUAUUGACUGACUCACUGUUAUUAAUGGGCAAACCUGAUUUAUUAAUGGGCAAACAUCGGUGAUCUAAACUUCGUUUCGAUCUACUGCUCUGCUUUGCAUAUUCAAUCUAAGAUGGCCUUGGUUACAACUGCUGAAGUAUGUGAUGCAAACCCGCAACUGCUUGUAAGCGGUGAGCUUCGUGCACUGGAGCCAGUUUUCCAAAUAUACGGAAGGCGCCAAGUAUUCUCUGGUCCAGUCGUCACCCUCCGAGUUUUUGAAGACAACGUUUUGGUGCGAGAAUUUCUUGAAGAAAAGGGCAACGGCCGGGUGCUGGUGGUUGAUGGUGGUGGAAGCUUGCGCUGCGCCAUACUGGGUGGCAAUCCUGUAGUGCAAGCUCAGAACAACGGGUGGGCGGGUAUUGUGGUCAAUGGGUGCAUACGCGACGUCGAUGAGAUCAACAGUUGUGAUAUCGGGGUUCGUGCACUUGCUUCGCAUCCGGUGAAAGCUAAUAAGAAAGGACAUGGUGAGAAACAUGUUCCAGUUGCAUUUGCUGGGACUAGAAUCUUGGAUGGUGAAUUUCUUUAUGCAGAUACAGAUGGGAUUUUGAUCUCUAAUUCAGAGUUAUCUGUCUGAAUAUCAUCUUUUUUCUGCAGGUAACGUGUAAUAGUUAUUUGUUAUAUGUGUAAUAUGGCAUCAUAUUAUUCUAGUAAGAUUGUUACUUUUUUUUGUUUAAUAAGAUUAUUUAAGAGGUUUUAUGGACUUAAA